UCAGGAUGCUGAGCACGUGGAAUUCGCGCAGACAGCGUUCUACAGUUUGUUGAACAGGAAAGUCUCUUAGUUAUGGCUGGCAGAAAUUCCAGGUCGAAGAAACGCUCGUCAACUUUGAACGGCUUUGACGUAGAUGAAGUCUUGCCUGUUGAGGAAGAAUCGCUCUAAUUAAUUGGCCACAGUUAGCUCUGUUGGUUGAAUUUGCUGAGGAUGGGGAACGGCGGCGGGUGUCUGAGUGUAAAGCAGGGAGGUUGCGGACUGACGGUGAACAAGAGGUGGUCUUCAGCUCACUAAGAGAAGGAAGCAGCGUCCUGGCUUACUGGAGUCCGAACAGAGAGUACUACGAGGCGACAGUUGUGGAAAGAAACGACUUAUCACACAGACACCACAAGCUUCCAGCCAAACGGCAAACAGACCUAGACCUAGAUCAAUCUGAACGUGAAGUCAUGCAAGCAAGUAACAAACGCAAAAAGAAGUCUGAUGUCAUGAUAAAGGCCACAGCUCAGGAAGAUAGAAACAGCUGCUGACAUUUACUUCUUCUGAAUGCUAGCAAAGAAAACGGAAGGUGGAAUCAACUAAUGAAAAGCCUUUUGAUUCUUAUAAGGCAAGAAUGUGCCAGAGCAAAGAUUCAUCAGGACCAUCAUCGAGCAUGACACAUUCUGAAGUAGUCUCCCGCAGCCAGCCCCUCCCCUUUUUGACUUCCGCCAACGGGGAGUCAAAAAUGGGGAGAUGCUGGCUGCACGAGACUAAUUCUGAAGAUGACGAUAAUCUGGAAGUGACUGCAGAAUCAGCUGAUCUUGGCACGAGAGAGGUAUUCAAAGACCUCAUUCAAACAUUGCACAAAGACAUGGUGGGUGUCAUGGGACGACUGGACAAGAUCAUCAGUCUUUUGGAUUCUGCAGAAAGAGACAAACCCAGGCAAGAGAAACAAGAAAUAGAUGCCUGUGACACUCCAGAAAGAGAAGUUUAUAUUGGUGAUCCAAGGGCCAGCAAGUUGGCUGUUACCAGAGCCACCAUGAAGGGUGGUAGGAGGUCUUUGUUGGCCCUCAAUCUUGUUGAUAUCUUGUUCGAUCAGGAUAGCUUAAGACGUUCAACUGUGUGUGGGUCUAGAGACUCCCCAAAAGAGGCACUAGACCCUAGAAAGAUCGAAGCCAUAAGAAGCCACUGCUUUCAAGAGUUCCCAAUACACGAGGAAGAAACAGGAAAGGAGGCAUUGCAGAAAAUGACAAAGGCCGUCACAGACAAGUGUUUGCUAGUUGCCAAAAGCUAUAAAGCAAAUUAGAAUUAUUUUUGAGUUAGACUAUAUCAGGAUUAAUUUCAAGAUAAUUGCAUAUCUUGAUUAUGGAGUUAUUGUAAAUUUGAAUAUAGCAUCAAGGCUUGUUCUA